CAGACAGCAGCACGGCAGCGCCCGGGAUAACAUGAUUAGCGCUCUAUUAGGUCCGCGACUGAGCAGCACUAGAUGCAGCACAGGGAUCAUUGUGUGUGUGGAGAGAGGAGACACGGGGGAAAGACUUCACGCUUCAUCCGCCACAUGGAUCUUCUUUGCCUCGCAUUGAUCUGCUUAAAGAAGUUACCCACUGACAGCUUUUUCAAAGCCCGUGCGUCUCCGGCGCUGGAGAGGUUGUGCCACCGCUCUCAGAUAAACUAAGAGACUCAUAAAUAUCAAGAGCUUCUCCUUGAGGAGAUGAUGAAAGAGAAAAAUCCAGGAAAGCCUCUGAGGAGUGAUUCAGUCCCUUCCUUUCUCAACCCUGCCGUGAGCUACUAGCUCUGUCCUUCCUUGUGAUGGUAUUUGUUAACCUCAGGUGAACUCACAUGAGAAGUGGGCCGAUCCGCUCCAAUGGGGUUUGACAACGAGACCAACCAGACUCUUCCAGAUGUGCCCCCUUACAGCCUGCGGGUCUCCCUGCCGCUCACCGUGCUGGUGGGGAUGAUGAUCCUGCUCACAGUGUUUGGCAACGUGCUGGUGGUCAUAGCUGUGUUUACAAGCCGGGCUCUGAGGGCUCCACAGAACUUGUUUCUGGUGUCUCUGGCAUCGGCAGACAUUUUGGUGGCUACCCUGGUCAUGCCUUUCUCCUUGGCCAAUGAGCUCAUGGGAUACUGGUACUUUGGCAAGGUGUGGUGUGAGAUUUAUCUGGCACUUGAUGUUCUUUUCUGCACUGCCUCCAUCGCCCACCUCUGUGCCAUCAGCUUGGACCGCUACUGGUCCAUCACACAGGCCAUCGAGUACAACCUGAAGAGGACGCCGCGGCGCAUUAAGUGCAUCAUCUUUAUCGUGUGGGUCAUCGCAGCAGUCAUCUCCUUCCCUCCUCUAAUCACCAUGAAAAAAGGACACAACGACAAUGAACGUAUGUGUCAGAUCAAUGAAGACAAAUGGUACGUCAUCUCCUCCUGCAUCGGCUCCUUCUUCCUCCCCUGCGUUAUCAUGGUCCUGGUCUACGUGCGGAUCUACCAGAUUGCUAAAAAGAGAACGCGGGCGCCACCUGGAGACAGGAAGCGGACUGAGAUGCCCAAGACGGCCACUGUCACUGCCGCCAACCAGAAGCAGAACGGUGUGGGUGCAGGCGAUGCCGAGGACCACCUCUGCCACGAGAAGCUGAACGGCGAGCGGGACAUCGAGCUGAAGGAGGGAGUUGGAGGAGCAGAUGAGGAGAAGGGUGAGGUCAACGGGGUGGACCUCGAGGAGUCGUCCUCCUCUGACCACAAAGUGAACAAUCCCUGCUCGAUCAAAAAGAAAGCGGCUAAGGGGAAAACUAAACUGUGUCAAAUCAAACCAGGUGACGAUGGGGUCCAAAAGCGGGCGCCAAGCACCAAGGGCAGCCGCUGGAAGGGCCGACAGAACCGGGAGAAACGCUUCACCUUCGUCCUGGCCGUGGUCAUUGGAGUGUUUGUCAUCUGCUGGUUCCCCUUUUUCUUUACGUACAUGCUUAUGACGCUGUGCAAGUCCUGCCCGGUACCAGAAACCCUGUUCAAGUUCUUCUUCUGGUUUGGCUAUUGCAACAGUGCACUAAACCCCAUCAUUUACACCAUCUUCAACAACGACUUUAGGAGGUCGUUCAAAAAGAUACUGUGCAAGAGGGACACUAGAAGAUAUGUAUGAUGGACUCCAUCUUUAUGUACACACUUUUUUUUUUACUAUAUUGUAUAUAAAUUUAAAACACAUAGACCAUUGCUGCAUGGUUCACUGGCUUAAACGCUCUCGGUGUAACUGCUUGGAAAGGCUUUCCCAGGAUGAGCUUUACGUGCAGCAUCUUUCAAAACACACCACCACCCACAGCUUCAACACACAGAGAGGUCCAAACAGAACAGAACAGCACAGUGGAACCAUGUUUUUAUUGUAAAAGUUAUUUUUAUUUUUAUAAAUGAAACCUACAUAGUGAAGUCAUAUGUGUUGUACUUUAUGACAGUAUGUUGUGCAAAAUGACCUGUCUUAAUAUUUGUCUUUAUAUUUUGUUGUUAUGGAUACAGUAUUGUGCCAUUUUGUAUGAUAUAAUGAUAAUGAUGAUGACAAUGGUUAGGAUGAUGAUUAUGAUGAUGAUGAUGAUGAUGGUGACAAAGUGGGAAAAAUGCUGGCUCUUUAAAGAAUAAAACCCAUUUCCCGAACUGGUCUCAAGGCUCCAAAGUGGGUUAAACUAUCAUUUUGAUGAUAUUCUGUCA